AGAUCACCACGGUAGUGGGUGGCGGCAGAGACGUAGCGGCCUGCCUCCUUGCGGAGCUUGCGCUUCUUAAGAGCGGCUGCAUCCGGCCGUCCCAGGCGCUCUCUUCUGAGGGAAAGCUUCUCCGCCGCGGCCUCUCCGGCCCCGAGCUCGCGCUCUUGGCCUGCCCAACCGCGCGGACCGUGGCCCGGCCUGCAGAGCCCUCCGCGCUCCUCCCUUGGUGCUGCAGUUAGGCCGCGCCUCAGGCCCAGUCCGCGGCGGCCCGGCGGGUGAUGCCAAAUACAGCCAUGAAGAAAAAGGUGCUGUUGAUGGGGAAGAGCGGGUCGGGGAAGACCAGCAUGAGGUCGAUUAUCUUUGCAAACUACAUUGCUCGCGACACCAGGCGUCUGGGUGCCACCAUCGACGUGGAGCACUCCCACGUCCGCUUCCUGGGGAAUCUGGUGCUGAACCUGUGGGACUGCGGCGGUCAGGACACCUUUAUGGAAAAUUACUUCACCAGCCAGCGAGACAACAUCUUCCGUAACGUCGAGGUUUUGAUUUACGUGUUCGAUGUCGAGAGCCGCGAACUGGAAAAGGACAUGCAUUACUACCAGUCCUGUCUGGAGGCCAUCCUCCAGAACUCACCUGACGCCAAAAUCUUCUGCCUGGUGCACAAAAUGGAUCUGGUUCAGGAGGACCAGCGUGACCUGAUUUUCAAAGAGCGAGAGGAAGACCUGAGGCGAUUGUCUCGCCCCCUGGAGUGCGCCUGUUUCCGAACAUCCAUCUGGGACGAGACGCUCUACAAGGCCUGGUCUAGUAUAGUCUAUCAGCUGAUCCCCAACGUUCAGCAGCUGGAGAUGAACCUAAGGAACUUUGCUCAGAUUAUCGAGGCUGACGAAGUUCUGCUGUUUGAGAGAGCUACGUUCUUGGUGAUCUCUCAUUACCAGUGCAAAGAGCAGCGUGACGUCCACCGCUUUGAAAAGAUCAGCAACAUCAUUAAGCAGUUCAAGUUGAGCUGCAGUAAAUUGGCCGCUUCUUUCCAGAGCAUGGAAGUUAGGAAUUCUAACUUCGCUGCUUUCAUCGACAUCUUCACAUCAAACACGUAUGUGAUGGUGGUUAUGUCGGAUCCAUCCAUCCCCUCUGCAGCUACUCUGAUCAACAUUCGCAAUGCCAGGAAACACUUCGAGAAGCUGGAGAGAGUGGAUGGCCCCAAGCAUAGUCUCCUCAUGCGUUGAAUGUAGCCAAAUGCUCUUUAUGAAAGUGCUGAUUUUUUUUUGCAUCCUUUUGUAAUAUUCAUGAUGUCGUGUGCUUAGAAGUGGGCUUCGAGAUGUGUGCUGCUUACUACUUCAGUUUCUUUCUUCCUCUUCCUCAAAUAUUGGGCACUACUUCCUCAGCUAUCCAGUAGAGCUUCAGGAUGGCUUUUCUGAAAAGUUGGUGUGGUGUAACACUAAAGUAGGUGGUUUGUGUGUGUUAUGACUGCCUGGUUAUAAUAGAUAUGCACAUCAAAGCCUUUACCAGUAUCUUCCUGUAUUAUUAGACUGCAAAGAUGGAAUGUUACUAUUUUAUCAACAAGGUAUUAAAAUGCAUUCACAAAA